CAGCACCAGGAGGAGGAGCCCCUCAGCUGGAAGGGGGUGGGGGUGGAGUGCUGGCUGGAAGAGUGGCCAAGUUAAGUGCAGCGCUGCCGCCUCCCCUGAGUUCAGGGGACUGCACUCAGAAAACAAUUCCGUAGGAACGAGGAGUAGCGAACAGUGUGUGUCUCAAACCGAAAUGCAGACACGGACAGUUGUGGAAUGAAGGGCAAUGUAUGACUCUGGGGGUGGGCGGUGGUAGGGGCUGCACUAAAAUGCCCCGGCAGCAAUGAGGGGGUCGAGGGGUUGGUGAAGUUGAUUGUCACAGUGAAUUAGGGGGCAGUGUCAUUCUGCAAACCUGGCUGUGCGGAAACCCAGCGGCGAUACAGUAUCAAUUCAGCUAGAAAACAGGAGAGCGAGAGAAAUCAUUGAUUUGAUAUGAAUUCUGUAUCUGGAAGCAAAGAGCGGGCUGUUUUUGCAAGGAAUCGCAAGCAUGUGGGGACGGCGGAGAGUUAUUCGCAGACCAAACUGGCAACUUUCACCCCGGAGAUGUGGUACAGGAGAAGCUUCCAGCCUUGCGAGGAAUCCCGGACAGUGAACCGACCCGCCCCCGAAGGAGCCGGCUCGGUGCCCGGCUCGGGUACCGCGUCUCCGGGCUCCAGCAGCAGCAGCGGCGGCGGCUCUCCCGGAUCGUCUCUCGGCGGCUCCCCCGGCUCAGGCGGCGGCUCGCCGGGUUCGGUGGCUGGAUCGUCUCCGGGCUCUGGUUCACCCGGUUCCUGCGGCUCGGAGGACAAGGGCAUUUGGUGCGAGAAUUGUAACACGCGGCUGGUGGAGCUCAAGAGGCAGGCGCUUAAGAUGAUGAUCCCGGGAGCCUUCUCCAGCAAGGACCCGGCUUUCUCUGCUCUGAUCCACGACAAGCUGCAGGUGCCCAACACCACCCGCAAAUCCUGGAACGAACGUGACAACCGGUGUGAUAUCUGUGCCACCCACCUCAACCAGCUGAAGCAGGAAGCUAUCCAGAUGGUGCAGACACUGGAGCAAGCAGCUACAUUGGAGCAGUAUGACCCACUGCCAGGCUCCCCGCCGCCCCUCUCCAACAUCCCCUCGCUGGUGGGCUCGCGCAACAUCGGCAGCCUGCAGUCCUCUCGAGAAUGGGCCUUCGUCCCCGCCGCUUAUGCUGCCACCACCACCUAUGCCAGCUUCUUGACCAAUAAGCACGGAGGCAAGCCCAAUUCACUGGGCAUCGUCGGAGGGGCAGAGAAGAAGAGCGGGUCUCCUGGGCAUUCGGUCACCAAGGCUGGCCUGCAGAUGCCCACCAGUCCCAGCAACGGCAACAUCCUGAGCUCCGUUGCCAUCCAGGCCCAUCAGUACCUGGAAGGAACGUGGUCUGUCUCCAGGACAAAUGGUGUGACGCUGUAUCCCUACCCAAUAUCACAGCUGAUGUCCGAGAAUUGCCGGGAAGGUUUGACCGAGGCGGUUCUGAACCGCUACAACUCUGACAAGCCAUCGGUGUGCAGCAGCUUCCCGAGCUCCCAGGGUACCUACGUAUCAAGUGUGGCCUCGAGUGGGACCUCAGCUGCAGCAUCGUUCUUUGCAAGGGCUGCCCAGAAACUCAACCUGUCCUCCAAAAAGAAGAAACACCAUCGCUCUCCUGCUGCGAAUGUGCCCGAGUCCCCGCUGUUCCCGACCAACUUCAGCGGAAUCCUGCAGACGUCCCCACCCCCGGCACCCCCCUGCCUCCUCCGAGCUAUCAACAAGGUGAAGGAGAGCCCAGGGAUGGGAAAGGUGAAGGUCAUGUUGCGGAUCUGCUCAGCAUCAGUUGGGGACACGUCAGAAUCCAGCUGCUUCUUUAAAGUCGACCCCCGCAAAAAGCAGAUCACACUGUACGACCCACCGGUGAAUGGGCUCCAGAACUCUUCACAGAAGAGAGGGGGCCUGGUGCCACCAAAGAUGUUUGCUUUCGACGCUGUCUUCCCACAAGAUACAUCGCAGGCUGAGGUGUGUGCAGGAACGGUAGCAGAGGUUAUCCAGUCGGUGGUGAAUGGUGCUGAUGGCUGUGUGUUCUGUUUCGGACAUACCAAGUUGGGAAAGUCAUACACCAUGAUUGGAAAGGACGAUUCCAUGCAGAAUCUUGGUAUCAUCCCUUGUGCCAUCUCCUGGCUCUUCAAACUGAUUAAUGAGAGGAAAGAAAAGACAGGAGCGCGUUUCUCAGUCAGAGUCUCUGCCGUGGAAGUCUGGGGGAAGGAGGAAAACCUGAAAGAUCUACUGUCCGAGGUAGCGACAGGCAGCCUGCAAGACGGCCAGUCCCCUGGAGUCUAUCUCUGCGAGGACCCAAUCUGUGGCAUGCAGCUCCAGAACCAGAGCGAGCUCCGUGCCCCCACAGCGGACAAAGCUGCCUUCUUUUUGGACGCUGCCAUCGCUGCGAGGCGGUGCAGCCGGCCUGAGUGCGACGAGGAGGACCAGAGGAACUCCCACAUGCUGUUCACGCUGCACAUCUACCAGUACCGCAUGGAGAAGAGCAGCAAGGGGGGAAUGUCAGGAGGUCGCAGCCGCUUACACCUCAUUGACUUGGGCAGUUGUGUAAAAGUGCUGAGCAAAAGCCGCGAGGGGGGCUCAGGGCUCUGCCUGUCCCUGUCUGCACUGGGGAAUGUCAUCCUGGCUCUCGUCAAUGGGACCAAGCACAUCCCCUACAAGGAGAGCAAGCUCACCAUGUUGCUGCGGGAAUCCCUUGGCAACUUGAACUGCCGAACCACCAUGAUCGCCCACAUCUCAGCUUCCUCCAGCAACUACUCCGAAACCCUGUCCACCAUCCAGAUCGCAUCGCGAGUCCUCCGAAUGAAGAAGAAGAAGACAAAGUAUACCUCCAGUUCGUCCGGGGGUGAGAGUUCGUGUGAGGAAGGAAGGAUGCGUCGGCCCACACAACUCCGACCAUUCCACCCGAGGGGAGCAGGGGAUGCGGACCUCCCCAUCUUAAACCUGUCGAGCGACCCAGACUACUCAUCCAGCAGCGAGCAGUCAUGUGACACCGUCAUCUAUGUAGGCCCUAACGGCACCACCCUGAGUGAUAAGGAGCUGACCGACAACGAGGGGCCACCCGACUUCGUGCCCAUAAUUCCCUCACUGCAGAAGAACAAGAAUGAGGCUAGGCCCGAAGGCAGCACAGAGCCUGUGGCGGUGCUGCCGGAGAAGGACUGCCUAAAGUGCAACACUUUCGCUGAGCUGCAGGAGCGACUGGAGUGCAUCGACGGCAGCGAGGAGUCAGACAAGUUCCCCUUCGAAGAGCUUCCGUGCAGUGAGCAGCCUGUGAUGGGCGAGGAGGUGCAGGCCCAGAGGGGAGAGGCCCAGCAACUGCUCGGACAGACCAUGACGCGCUGGGCCCCUGAGGAGAGUGCAGAGGACGCCAAUCCUGGCCCCGUGCGAGCCCAGGCCGUGCUGCAAGGCGGUUCAGCACCGUCCUCCCCCCGGAGCAUCAUGGGAGGUGGCAACACCCAACUAAACGCAUCAUCGAGGAGUCAGAGCACGAAGGAUGUCCCACACAGUGGCAGCAGCGCAGAGCUUAAGCCCAGGCCCAUGGGCUCCCCAAGGCUCGGGAUAGCAAGCCUGUCAAAGAGCUCUGACUACAAGCUCCAACACUCACCCUCUCAGCGCUGCAAGGUGUACACCCAGAAAGGCUCCCUGCCCAGCCCGGCUGCUCCCCCACCCCACACACCGACCAGGGACUGCAAGAGGGAAAUCAGGGCAGCCCCGGUGGGAAUGAGCCCCCAGGUGAUGAAGAGAUCCGUGUCUUCGGGCACGCAGUAUUCACAGGACUCCACCCUCUCAGACCAAGAGCAGGAGCCUUCCGACAUCGACAAGAAAGAAAUGAUGAGCUGGGCCACAGUCACCCUGCAGCAGCCCCUAGAGCUGAAUGGGGAGGACGAGCUGGUGUUCACUCUGGUCGAGGAGUUGACCAUCAGCGGCAUUCUGGAGAAUGGCCGGCCCACCAGCAUUAUCAGCUUCAACAGCGACUGCUCGGUGCAGGCCUUGGCCUCAGGCUCCAGGCCCGUCAGCAUCAUCAGCAGCAUCAACGAGGACCUGGACUGCUAUUCGAGCACUAGCCCCUUCUCCGAAGUCAGCAUCACCAAGUUCCUGCCCUUCCCCAAGCCGGGCCUAGACGAGAAAGUGUUGGUUUCGAGCAGCCACCGCUCAUCCAUUAGCUCCUGGCUCAGUGAGAUGAGCACGGGGAGUGACGGUGAGCAGUCCUGUCACAGCUUUGUCACCCAGACCUGCAGCGAUAAUGGUGAAGCCUUGGCAGACCCCUCGCUGCUGGAUGUGGUGAGCAGUCACCAAGAGGAGUGUAUGGCGUACGCUUGCAGCGGGAAGAACUCCGUCAUGGACAAAUUCUUCAGCAUGUCGGAGAAGGCCAACGAGGCCAAAGGCCUCUACCAGAUAGCCGCCAACCAGAACUGCAAGAUCGCAGCUCUGGGGAAGACCACGGUCAGAAUAUCAAAUGCUUCGGGCCUGCCCAGGGGUGAGGGCUGUUUCCCCAUUCAGACGAACAUUUCGGUGCACCCCUGUAUCAGGCUGAAGCCGGUGCAUUUCCCCGAACAGCACGAUGUGUUGGCAUCUGUCAGCUGUCCUCCAGCGCACCCCCACCAUCACCACGCCAGGGCCGCCGGCACCUCACAGGACAUGACCUUCGAUGACCCGUGGUUGAAGCGUGAGGACGAGGAGGAGGAGGAGGAGGACGAGGAAGAGGAGGAGGAAGAGGAGCUGGAGGACGCUGGGCUGGAUGGAAACGAGAGUGCUGACAGAGGAGGGAGUCGAAAGCAGACCGCGGCCGAAAGCCCUGGCAGCGGCAGGUCCGAAACCCCUGUCUCCCCCGCGCGGGGAGAUCCUUCCAAGAGGGUGGUGGAUGGCUGCGAGGUGGCACCGACUGCUUCCUGCAGUCAGAGCUCCACCCUCUCACUGGACAGUGCCAAGGAGGGCAGCUUAUCCCAGGCACUACCGCGCCCAUUGCUCGCCAAACAAGACAACCUGGAGGGUGCCUCCCUCAGGCCUCUGUGCCUCCCUGCGGAGAGCAGCAGCACUUCCACGACUACCACCACGUCGCAGGCCUCCACCCCUUGCAGCCCCAAAGCCACCCUGGAGAGGAGAGUGGGCUCCCCCAACAAGCACGGCCUGCUGCCGGCCCGGCCUAAAGGGAUGCCCCCGCUGCCCCCGGUCAGGAAGUCAAGCCUCGAUCAGAGGAACAGAGCCAGUGCCCAGCACACGCUGGGUGGCAACAGCCAGGCUACGACGGUGUUGGCGGCUACGCCAGACGAAGGCGGUGUCCACGUCAAAGCCAAGGCCCCAAGUUUGGAGAACUGCGGCAAAGCAAGCAGUGGGAAAGGUGAACUGUUCAGCAGUCGGCCUAACUCCCUGAACAGACGGUACGCUGGCCAGUACGAGUGCCUCUCUUUGGAGAGGGCAGGGAGCUUGACGUCCGUGGGGUCGAAGGUCAGCGCGUCCCGAGACAGCACAAUGCCUCGAGCAGGCCGCAGCCUGAAUCGAGCCACUGUGUCAUCACCUACGCAGCCUGGCACUCCGCCAUCAGUGGGCACCUCCCCAAAGUCAGGCGCCUCCAAAAUGUCAGCCGUCAGCAAGCUGCUCCUAGCCGGACCCAAGUCACGCAGUCUUUCGGCAUCCAGCACAAAGACCCUGAGCUUCUCCACCAAAUCGCUGCCUCAGUCUGUUGGCCGCAGCUCCAGCAUGCCUUCCAACUCGAGGAACAUGUCCUGGUCCACCCAGUCUCUCAGCAGCAAGCAGAGCAGGGGGUCCAGCAUCGUGGCCAAGCUUCCCCUGCGGGCUGUCAACGGCAGGAUCUCCGAGCUGCUGCAGGGGACUGCAGGCUCCAGGGGCAGCCACCUGCGGGCCAGCGCCGACUCGGAGAAAUGGAGCCCGCACUCGGGUGAGAAGCCCCCCCCCCAGGCCCUCCCGUCGCCCUACAGCAAGGUCACCCCACCCCGCAAACCUCACCGAUGCAGCAGUGGUCACGGCAGUGACAACAGUAGCGUGCUAAGUGGUGAACUCCCCCCAGCCAUGGGCAAAACCGCCCUGUUCUACCACAGUGGGGGCAGCAGUGGGUAUGAGAGCAUGAUCAGGGAUAGCGAGGCCACAGGAAGCACGUCUUCGGCCCAGGACUCCAUGAGUGAGAAUGGAAACUCGGUGCCGGGUAGAUCCAGGAGUCUGAAAUCUCCGAAGCGCAGGAUGAACACAGGUUCCCAAAGGCGGAGAGUCCUCCCGAGCCUGUCCCCUGAUGCAGCAUCUCCAGCCCGCAAACCGGCCAACAGCUCCGGGGUCCGCUGGCUUGACCUACGACCCAUGCAGAGGGGCCUGGCCGAACCGUUUGAGAUCAAGGUCUAUGAGAUCGAUGACGUGGAACGACUGCAGAGGAGGCGAGCAGCAAACAGCAAGUUGCGGGGAUUUGUAUGUUUCAACGCAAAACUGAAGAUAUUGGAACAUCGGCAGCAGAGGAUCUCAGAGGUCAAAACCAAAUAUGACAUACUGAAGAAGGAGCUGGAAGCCACCAAGCAACGACUGAUGCUGGAUCCGAGCAAGUGGGUCAGUGAGUUUGAUCUGGAUCAAGGUUUCGAGGUAGACUCGCUGGAAUAUCUGGAAGCUCUGGAGUGUAUCACCGAGCGGCUGGAACACCGGGUCAAUUUCUGCAAAGCUCACCUCAUGAUGAUCACAUGCUUCGACAUCGCGUGCGGGAGGCGCUAGAGAGGGGGGUGGGGCUGGGCGAAACGAGUGCUCAUGGCAGAGGAGGAGACUGGAGCGGAAGGAGGAUUUUUUUCUUUAAAAAAAAAACACCCAAAGAUACCAGGAAGACGAGGACGGAGGUGCAAAGUGUGGAGCAUGUUUGUGAAAUGAGUUUUGUUUCUGGCAACAACGGAAUGUACACGGAGGGAUGGAAAAGAAUGAGUGGAGGGCCUGAAUAUUGGAGUGUGAGAAUGUUCACUCUUCCAUCAGAUUGUCAAAGCACUUUUGAGGAACUUUUGCGAUGUUGUAAAUAGGGAUCACUCGCUCCAAUUUCCCUUUAUUCACUGA